GCGUGUUGAUGUGUCUGACAAACCGUUGGGGCUCAUCUUACAAAUCUCUCAGUGGAAGAGAGGAGCAUCACCUUAAAAGCACCGCCUCCUCAUGAUCCCAAGAGAGUCCAAUUUCCAGCUGACAGUCGUUCAGGCUCCAAAGAACAAAGCAUGAACCCAGCUCAGUCUUAAAUCUCAACGCGAAUGCAAUGCUACGUCAAAUGUGAAGCGCCACGGAGGAUGACCCAGAAGAUUUAUCGGCCCAAGAAGACGUGCGGUGAUGAGAUGAGUGAAACGUGAAUUGCGAGAGAGAUUAAGAUCUGAAGGUUGAAGCAGUGACAGUCACGAUAUGUCAACUGGAAAACAUCAGGCCAUAAAAAAUCACGAGGUGGGAGCCAUUCAGAGGGCUGAGCUUGUGGUACACGAAGAAGAUUGAAGUCCUGUAAGAUCAUCUGAAAGCAGUUAGCUGAAUGAGCUGAAAGAAGAACGAGCUGAGGGAGAAAUCUGUUCAUCGGUCUUGCCGUGGCCUUCUGCUCUGCUCUGCUCUCUGAUGAGGCUUGGUGAAUAGCCAAUGACGAGUGGAGAUCUGCUGCCACAUACCUGUCCUGUAAAGACCGCAGUGUCGAAAGCUGGGGGUUGUUCAACACGAGCUUUGAGGAUGGAUGUGUGGGGGCUGCGGCUGCUGAUGCUGAUGCUUGCAGCUGGCUCUAUUGUGGGCCACGGCACAUGUGAUGCUGUGCAAGAGCAUGGAGGUGUCCGGACCUCAAAUUCUAUGGUAUCAGCCAUGUUUGUCUUCGGAGAUUCGGUUGUGGACGCUGGCACCAACUCGUAUUUUCCGAGCCUGCUGCAGGCCAAUUACAAGCCUUAUGGCGCCCAGUAUUUUGGCAAGCCAACUGGACGAUUCACCAACGGACGAACAUUUGCAGACUUCUUUGCGGAGAAAAUCGGUCUCCCUUUCGCAGAGCCGUAUCUGAAGAGAAAAGGCAAAUGGAGUAUCAUGCAAGGGGUGAACUAUGCUUCUGCAGGGGGUGGGAUUUUCCGAGUCACCAAUCUUGAGUUUAAGGUGAUACCUCUGUCUGAUCAGAUUCUUCAGUUUGCACAAACGAAGACUUCCAUCGAGCAGACUCUCAAAAGCACAGCAGCUGCCAAAGAGCUGUUCUCGAAAUCGUUGUUCUUGAUAAACAUUGGCACGAAUGACCUCGUCACCUACCUCUUCAAUCCAUCCCUGCCGAUCAGAGACUACUUGAGAAACUCGAUGGAUGCUCUCGAGGACGCAGUGAAGCAGCUGUACAAUGCAGGAGGGCGGAAGUUCAUGUUCCUGGACGUUGGGCCUAUUGGAUGUGUUCCUGCAAUUGUGGCAAACGCUCGAGUAGAAGAUGGCACGUGCCUCGAGUCUGUGAACGACCUGACCAAGAAUUACAACACUGCUCUGGAGGAGUUGGUGCUUGAGAAGCUGCCAGGGACCUUCAAAGGCAUCCAUGUCAUUAUUGGCAAGCUAUACGAGACUUUCGAUGUCAUGGUCAACAAUGCAUCAGCAUAUGGUUUCACAGAGGGAGUGACAGCAUGCUGCGGAUCAGGCUUGUAUAAUGCGGAGACUCAGUGUGGUCGGCCAGCCGAUCUCAUUACCAACCCUCCCUAUAACCUGUGUGACAAUGUGGACAAAUACGUUUUCUGGGACUAUUUCCACCCGAGUGAACGAGCUUAUGGUAUUGUGGCUGAUAAACUCUGGAAUGGUGAUUUGGACGUCGUUGCUCCGAUGAAUCUGAACAACCUUGUAAAUCUGCAGUAGCCUGCCCUCCCUCCACAGUAUGUUAAGGUCGUGAUAAUAACAUUAAAUGGAUAAUAAAACGUGAAAGCAGUUUUGGCUUUUGUGAACACACGAAACGCCUGCCCAG